AUGGUGCCAUCAUCCGUCGCCAGCGACAAGAAUGCGGCUGGUGAAUCUCCAGCACCACUAUCGCCACGCUAUGUUGGUCCUUCCUCUUCUAGCACACAAGAGUCGGGGGGCUUCAUCUAUCCCAUUCGCAGCGCUGUGUCGGUCCGGCCGCCAGCCGCCUCAGCCCAGGGAAGUCAGGCAAUGAGCCCACAGUCGUCUCGCGAAGGAGGUCACACUCACUCUCACAGCAUAGAAUCCUUGACUAGCGGCAAACGUCCCGCAUCUUCGCAUUCUCGAGGAGCAUCCCUAACGCGAGCACUUUCCAAAUCCAGCGUGGGUUCCGCGGCGGCCCCCCCUACUCCAUCCAGCAAAGGUGACCCUGAGGCAAGCGCAAGCUAUGCACGCGUCGAUGCUGCUGCAGACUCCUCUGUCGGGGAAUACUUGGACUUGGACUCUGUUGACGAGGAAGCCUCAGAAGCGCAGGAGGCGCGGCAUUCGGACGUUGGGUACGCGGAGCUUGACCCCCUGGAUGAAGACGCGAGGAAACUCGCGAGAAGGGAGGCUUUGGCGGAAGCAGCCGAGAAAGAUAGGCUCGAGAGCAUGACACAAACUCGUUUCACGCAUAUCGCCACUCCUGAUGGGCACAUGAUUGUCACCGGUAGGCAGAAGGAACUCACUAGAUGCGAAGAGGAAGUGAGUAGCGCACCAGACGAGCACCAUUUUCGCAUACCGGUACCCGGCGGCACGAGGCUCCUCAAUCUAAUUCUUUUCGGAUCUCUUUUGCGCAGCCAAUUCACAUUCCCGGCGCGGUGCAGUCGUUUGGCUGUAUGAUUGUUGUGCGAGAGGAUGAGGAGGGCAAUCUCGUGGUGCGCCAGGCUUCAGAAAAUACCGGCGAUAUCUUGGGUCUGGCUCCUGCGUUCCUCUUCAAGACUGCGUCGUUCUUGGACUGCCUGGAGGAUGACGAAGCUGAUCGACUGUGGGACACGAUCGAAGCUUUGGAUCAGACGGAGCAAGAACUUACGGAGUCCGGCCCAGUCGUCAUUCAAUUGUCUGGCUGGGGACAACCCGGACCUGGCACAGGCCGUGCUCGCGCACGAAGACAUUGGGAAUGUUGGUGUGCCGUCCAUCAGCCCAAACUCAAUGCCACUCCGCAGGGUCGGCGACCGCUGACCAUCCUGGAAUUUGAACUCAUCAACGAUGCCCACAACCCUCUGUAUCACCCCACCGAGCCCCCUGCGGUUCCGGUCGACGAGCACAAUUGCGAGCUGCGUCAGAAAGCGCAAGUAUCAGUUCUGGGUCAAGGAACCCAGAGCUCUGCGAGUGGCGGCGCAUCAGCGUCCGGCACUGCCGUACAACAAACAACGGGUCUGGAUGCGAAAGAAUCUUUGAGCGGGCAGCUUGCUCGUCUCAGCAUUCAGGCUGGUGCGUCACCGGGCAGCGGUACCGAAGGCGCAAGCACGCGCUCAACUUCUCCGCGGCCAAGCUUAGGCACCUCGAGUAAGUCAGACGAUACCGCUAGACCCUCAAAUUCUUCCUCCGUUACUCUUUCGGCUCGAGGACUAGGCGGCUUAGAAGGCGAGCCCUAUGAGCCCAGCCACGAACAGUGGCUCGAAUCGACCCAAUCAACCUCGCGACCGCUGAGAUCGCUGACGCGCACACAGGACAAGAGCGGAGAGGGCAAUGGCAGAAGACGACCUCGACCCAAGAAAGCAACAGCAGGCGGUGGGCCAGGUUUGGGUUCUGGUCGCAGAGACAGUGGUUCACAAAUGCUGGACAUGUUCGGCAUCCUCAGUCAGGUCAAUGAGCAGCUUUCUGCCGAGUCGGAGCUGAACAGCUUUCUGAAAGUCGCUGUCAGUCUCGUUCGCGAGGUUACCGGCUUCGGCAGAGUGAUGAUCUAUCAAUUCGACGAGGCUUGGAAUGGUCAGGUAGUCUGCGAGCUCGUAGACUGGAGCGAGACACACGACCUUUACCGCGGUCUUCACUUUCCGGCUUCAGACAUUCCAAAGCAAGCGCGGGAUCUGUACAUGAUCAACAAGGUGCGCCUGCUGUACGACCGCGAUCAACCCUCAGCUCGUAUGGUUUGUCGGGAACAAGAAGACCUUCAUACUCCCGUCGAUAUGACGCACGCCGUCUUGCGCGCGAUGAGUCCGAUUCACAUCAAGUACCUCGCAAACAUGGGUGUCCGUGCGAGCAUGUCAAUCUCCAUCACAGCGUUCGAUCAGCUCUGGGGGCUCAUCGCUCUGCACACGUACGGAGAGUACGGGAAAAGAGUAUCUUUCCCGGAACGACAGCUAUCGAGGCUCAUCGGGGCUUCAAUCAGUCGCAAUAUCGAGCGUCUUAGCUAUACACGCCGGUUAGGUGCCAGGAAGCUCAUCAACACGCUACCAACGGACCAGAAUCCAAGCGGAUACAUCAUCUCCAAUGCCGAAGAUUUGCUAAAGCUCUUUGAUGCCGACUUUGGUGUCAUUGCCAUCGGAUCGGAGGCCAAAAUCCUUGGCCCGCUCAGCGCGAGCCAAGAGGUUCUAGGUGAGAUGCCAAAGACUGCCCACGAUGAUUGUGGCCAUGCUGAUGGUUUGUCCCUUCGCCAGGCUGCACCGAGUACUUGCGCAUCAAAAAGUUUCAGAGGGUGGUGGUGUCCCAGGAUGUCAGUGCUGACUUCCCAGACAUGGUUCUACCCCGCGGGCUGGAAGUCAUUGCUGGCCUGCUACUCGUUCCUCUCUCGAACUCCGGCGUCGAUUUCAUCGCGUUCUUGAGGAAGGCACAGAACAGGCAGGUCAACUGGGCAGGUCGACCUUUCAAGCAAGGGCAAGAAGGCUCCGCCGCUCUGGAACCACGCAAGUCCUUCAAAAUUUGGAGCGAGACUGUCACUGGCACAUGCAGAGCAUGGAAGGAUGAAGAGCUGGAGACUGCCAAUGUACUCUGCCUGGUGUACGGCAAAUUCAUCAGCGUGUGGCGGCAGCGGGAGCAAGCGAUGCAAUAUAACCAGCUCAAUCGUCUACUCUUAUCCAACGCAAGUCAUGAAGUACGGACACCGCUCAAUCAUAUCAUCAACUACCUCGAGAUGGCGCUGGAUGGCAACUUAGAUGUCGACACGCGUGAUCACCUAAGCAAAUCGCACAUGGCCUCGAAAAGUCUUCUUUUCGUCAUCAAUGAUCUGUUGGAUCUUACUCGUCAGGAACACGGGAACAGGCUCUUUUUGCAGGAGCCGUUCGAUCUCGCUUCCACAAUACGCGAAGCAGUCGAGAUGCACGAGUGGGAGGCCAAGCGGCGCGAGAUCGACUUUACAGUCACAACACAGCCAGAAACCCUUAUGGUUCUGGGCGACAAAAAUCGCAUUCGCAGCAUCGUCACCAACACAGUCACCAACUCUGUCAAGCACACCACCAAAGGGCAAAUUGUGGUGGAGAUGAGACAACGAGACUCUCUAGAAUUGUCAGAGCUGCCGGAAGACUGCGACAUUGAGGUAGAGCUGACGGUCUCAGAUACUGGCAGUGGUAUACCACGCGCAAAGCUCGAAUCGAUCUUCCGCGAGUUUGAGCAGGUGGAGUCGGUGAUUGCGGAUCCAUCAGCCCCUUCGGACGUCAAGGCUGAGACUGUAGAAAGCGAAGGCGUAAGCGGAUCCUCUGACGAACUUGAGCUCGCGGCCGCACGAGAUGUGGAGAAAAGCAAGCAGAGCGGAGGGGUGCUUGGACUUGGCCUGGCAGUCGUCGCUCGGGUGGUCCGCAAUCUCGGCGGCCAGUUGCGCGUAGACUCGACUGUGGACGAAGGCUCGCGCUUUACCUAUUUGAUUCCUUUCAGGUCUGCGGAACGUGGGGAAGCUGCGCGAGGUGGUGCACAGCAAGUUAGGAGACGGUCAGCAUCCUUGCAAGGCAGCGAGGCGUCCGGAUCUGGACAAAGCGAAAUCAAUUCGCUCGUAGAAGCACUGAACGCUCCUCACCUGGACGCAUCAGAUGCCGGCAGCUCUGCUAUUGGUAGCGGUGGCCAACGUCGAUCUGUAGAAAUGACGCGCACCCAGUCUACCUCUUCUUCCGAGCAGGCACGACCACCUCAGGCGAUCACCUUGAGACCUGUCCACGACACUGGCGUACACAUCAGCGGCUCUAAGGUGCCCUUAAGAUCCGUUCGAGUCGAUCCUCACGAGCUAGACGGGCAGUCGUCGGAUAGUGGGCUACGCGGCACCGGAGCCCUUCCUCAAGCGCAGUCGCCAUCUGGACCCACAGCAGAGGGGCGCAACGAUCGAGGCGUCGAAGCGCGGGACUAUGUUGGUACGAAGAAUGAGCCUCACGCCUCGCAGAGUGCUGCGACGAAAGCUUCCAUCAGCUCAGAUUCACAGGAAGGAGAAAGCGCCCGCAUAGCUGCCUCCAAGGGCGCGAGCGGAAGACGCUUGGCGGCCGCGAAUCGCGGAAGGUCCUCUGCAGCAGCACAACCAAAUCCCAAAGUACCACCAUGCCGCGCCCUUGUGGUGGAGGACGAUCCGAUCAACCGCGCUAUCCUAUCAAAGCGCCUUGGUCGUGAUGGACACUCGGUGUCGUCGGCGGUGAAUGGAGAAGAAGGUGUCAGGGCAUUUGAGAAAGAUGGCGAUGCCAUCGAUGUUGUUCUGAUGGAUCUUCAGAUGCCGAUAUGUAAUGGCCAGGAGGCUUGCCGACGCAUUCGAGCUCUUGAGGCACAGCGCAAGGAAGCGUCAUUAAUGGAAGGGCGUCCAGCCGUACACAUCCUCAACGGCAGAAUACCGAUCUUGGCCGUGUCUGCCACUCUUACGCACGACAUGCACGACGAGAUUGUCGAUCUUGGCUUCGACGGUUUCAUCUUGAAGCCGAUCGACUUUGCACGGCUGUAUGCCCUGCUCAACGGUCUCAAGAAUACUGAACAGCGCGCAGCUGAGCGUUGGUCGCCCUCAAAGAACUGGGAAAAGGGCGGCUGGCUCUCUGCGGCACCGGAGCGUUCAUGA